ACAAAACAAAGCAUAAAUGCCGGACGAGAGCCACUUAGGCGAAAAGAAACACAGCGCACGUUAGCAAACUGAACUCUCAGAGCUGUGGGAAGUAGGUGAAGAAACUGUAGGAGAGGGGCGGAGAUUUCAAAGACAAAAUACAUACAUAAUAGAAUAGAUAUACCACCACACCAACAUCCAACUGUCUGUGCUUUUAACAAAACUCUCUCAUCUCCUAAUUCUCAACUAUAAAUUCUUCUCUUUCUCUCUACCCCUCUCUCCAUUUCUCAGAUACAUCGAUCUCCUCCGCUUCCUGCUUUUCUUCUUCUCUCCCCUCCUUCCAUGGACUCCGCCGCUGUUCUCCGUUCCUUCAACUAUUCUGUAGGAACUGUCUCACUUGUGCGGUCUGUACUUGAGAGGCCAUGCAUGGUUGCUGUGCAUAAUGCAACCUGGCCCACCUUAAGUAGAUCACACAUCCAAGGUUUGACAUUUGGUGGGUCUAUUCCUAUAAGACGGGAAGGAAUGGUAGUUUCAUGCAUAAAGGCAUCUGAAACUGUAGUGGCAGCCAAGUCUGAUGUUCCAUCAGAUAGCCAACCACAAAGGCCGUUAGAGAAGAAUGGUCAACGAAGAGCAACAUUUCCUAAUGGAUUUGAGGAGUUGGUCCUGGAGGUCUGUGACGAGACAGAGAUUGCUGAGCUGAAACUAAAGGUUGGAGACUUUGAAAUGCAUCUGAAGCGGAAUAUUGGUGCCGCACACGCUCCCUUGCCUGUUGUUUCUCCAACCACACCACCACCUAUUCCCAGCAAACCGAUGAUUGAAUCAGCUGCUGCUUCCCCACCAACUCCACUGCCGAAAUCCUCUACAGAAAAAAUCAGUCCAUUUUCAAAUGUUUCAGUGGAAAAAUCAUCGAAGUUAGCAGCAUUGGAGGCUUCUGGAGCUAGUGGAUAUGUUCUUAUGUCAUCUCCAACGGUUGGCUCAUUCCGAAGGGGCAGAACAUUGAAAGGAAAGAAGCAACCUCCUAUUUGCAAAGAGGGUGAUGUAAUCAAAGAAGGACAGGUGAUAGGCUUUGUGGAUCAGUUUGGCACUGAACUUCCUGUGAAGUCAGAUGUGGCUGGAGAGGUCUUAAAGCUUCUCUUUAAUGAUGGAGAAGCUGUUGGCUAUGGGGAUCCCCUUAUUGCAGUCUUGCCAUCAUUUCACGGUAUCGAGUGAAUGCUGUCUCUAGUUGCAGUAAUUUUGUUUAACUCUGUUAAAAAGCACUGGGGUCCGCAGUUUGCUUUCGCAAAUCCUUCAAUACUUUCGUUCUCAUGCCUCCUUGCGAUCUACAAUAUCUGGGGACAUUGGUGUAGCUGGUAAUUUAAACUGUCAUUGUUUUCGGUUAAAUUGGACUAUAAAUCCCGAAAUAAUUGGUCAAAAUGUAUUAGAAUUUGAGAAAUCUUUUUGAGGUUGUAUUAGAUGUGGUUUUGUACAUUAGGCGAGCUUACAGAAAGGAAGUUAAAAUAAACUGGUCCAACAGAAAAUUCUCGCUGCGGCAA